AUCAAGGCGUUCUUAGGAACGAUAGAGGUAACCGAGAAAGCGCCAAAUGACAACUGAAAAAAGUUGUAUUAGCAGUGUGGUUGUUGUUUUGUCUACCACUGAUGGAAGAAAGAAUGUAGCUGUAGGUUUCCCUUUGAAUAAUGGACCCGCCGAGGCCGCAAAAAUCGCGCAGAGGCGAGAAGGCUUCCAACCGGCCGUUUUAUGCAACUGAGGGGCCAACAAGUGCAAAUAUUGUCGCGGAUGCGAGAUCUUCCAUCCGUCCUUUGGACACCAAAAGGCCUUUUACACCAGUGGAAUCUAACAGAACCUUAUUUGGACGCAGCUCUGUAAAGCCCUACGAGGGAAGACCGCCAUCUGCAUUCAGCCUAGGUAGUUACCAGUCUGAGGGUGAAACUUCCCGUCCCCCAUCAGGAAGAAGGCUCACUCCAAUUGAAAAUGCUCCACAGAUUCCUGAAGCUGUUGUUCCUUCCCCACCCUCUGGAGUGCCUUCAGGGAAAGUCAGGAGACCUCUUAAAUCUUCCUUGUCAGGUCCUUUUGAAGAGUUAAAUGCUGAAAAACUCAAUCAGAAGCUGCAUAAUAUUGUAAUUGGGCAACAAGAUAAAGAGGCAAGAGCUGAACUUCCUCCUUGUCCACCAAAAAGUAGCUCUUUUUCUGGUACUCCUCCCAGCGUGGGUGAACCUCUUCGGCAUAGUUCAUCAGAAAUUUUACCAGCGCCACCUGCAGUUUCAAGGGAUGUUGUUGGUGCAAGGAGAGUAAGAAGUGGGCCAAAAGAGCGCAGUACCCCAGUCGUAGAUUCUAUUACCCGUGUCAAGAGUGGUCCUCUGGAGCGUGGUGAUCCAGCUGGAAUCCCGAGUGAACAAACAGCUAGCGAGACCUCUCCAACCUCAGGGAGGACGAGGAAAAAAGGCGGCGAGAGAGGUGGAAGUGGAGAUAAAAGACGGAAAAAGUCACAAGCAGAAGAAGAUAAACCCAAGGAUGAACUAGUUUCUUAUUAUGAGGAUCAUGUGAAACCAUUGCUCUCUCAAAUGGAGGAACGAUUUGCAGAGAAGAAUGUAAAGGAUCUUUGUCAAGAUUGCUUGAAACUGUGGAAUGCUUUAGAAAAGAAAGGUUUAAUGGGAAAAGCUAGUGGAAGUUUUUCUGCUCGAAGAAGAGGAGAGAUUUUACGGACGGUUUUUAAGUUUUUGGAUCUUAGUGAUCCAAGAUUACUCCUGAGACUUGGAAGAUUGAUUCUUUCGAUGAAAGUGACUGGUAAUAAUUUAACCAACAUAUGUAUGGUUAUGUACAGAGUGGCCAAAACAGAAAAGAAUGAUCAGUUAUUCCUUGAAGAGGACAUUUUAAAAUGUUUAGUAGACACAAUAGGAAGCUGUGAAAUAGGAAGUCAUCACGAUGCACUGGUAUAUACUGCUGGAGCUUUAAAACAUCUCUCAAGUAACAAUCCUACAGCUCAAAAAGAGUUGGUUUCUCUUCAGGGUAUCGAGGGUUUAGCACAGAUUCUUGAUGCAAUUAGUAAAGAUGUAUUGAUGUCCAUGAAGGGGAAUUCACAGUUCACCAGUCUCCUUGUUCAGGUAACGGGGGCACUGAGAAAUCUUGCGGAUGUUACUGGAGCCAGAGAACUGUUUGUCAGCACUGGAGUAGUUAGGAACUUGGCCAUAGUUCUGGGGCCAUAUUCAUCUGACGGUGACGUAGUUUGGAACGUUUGCCGAGCAUUGAGCAAACUUACAUUGUACACAGAAUGCUGCGGUGAACUGUUAGACAGUGACACCUGUACUUGGCUUCAGGCACUGAGCAAGAUAUUGUCAGGGUACGAAAAGAAACAGGAGUUGGUGGUCCGUGUCUGCUUCAUUUUGGGGAACUUAACAUCUAAAAGUGAAAAAGUCAGGGAAACGAUUUUCUUUGAUGAGUCUUUCAUGGCAGUCUUACUAUCUGUUAUGCAGUCAUACUUCAAUACAGAGUUGGAGGUGCUGAAAAAUGGACCCUUAUCUGAAGAGAAACAAGUGAAUGGCGAAAAGAAAGGACCUAACAAGAAUGAAGAUGUCCUUAUCAAAGCCAUCAGAGUAGUUGCCAACCUUUCAAUCAGUCCAGAAGCUGGUGCAGGUCUUGCGGCUAAUGAAGCAUUAGUUGAUCUGUUAAUCCAGAUUCUUGAUGUGAAAGAUGCAACUCACAGUGAAGAGCUUGUCCUGAACACAGUUGCCACUCUUAAUAACCUGUCAUUUUACAAUGAUGUUGAUAGUGUUGUACAACAAAGACAAGUCGAGAUUACUGAGAUGCUAAUUUCCUUGCUAAUGCCAGAGAACAUGGAUGCAAUGGUGGAAGCCUGCCGUGUCUUUGGAAACUUUUCAAGAUCCAAAGAAGUGAGAGCUUUACUGGCUGAACACAAAGUUGACGAGAUCAUGAUUGCAUUGUUGGAUGCUGGUGAGAGAGAAACUGUGUUUAUAGCAUGUGGUGUACUUAUCAACCUAAUGAUAGAUGAACACAUCAAACCAAAGUUAAAAGAAGAGGAUGGAAUUAAAAAACUGGUAGAUGUGUUGCGUGACUUUGGAAAACAUGAUUGGCAGCUGUCCAGUAUGGUCUGCCAGAUCCUGUGGAACUAUAGUGAUAAGAUAACCAGCUCUUCAGAAACCUUUGGUGAUCAAGAAACAUUAGAGUUGAUGGAUGUUCUUACACAAUACCUGGAUGAAGACAUAGCUCUUGAUCCAAGUGAAUUGGAGUCUAUGGAGUCAAGCCUUCCAGAAGUGUUAAGAGACAUGUGGGAAGGACAAUUUGUUCCUGUUGGCCAGCAUCUACUUCAACGAGUCAAGUCACACCACACAGAUCUUGUGCCAUUAGAAUCUCCCAGCUAACAAGCACACGUCUGUGUCAUUCUCAUGAGAGAAGAACAUACAUAUACAAGGCACAUUUCAGAGCUGAUUUGGCUAUGCAGUCGAGUGAGGAAUGCAGAUCUUACAAGGAAUCAACACUUAUUCAAUAUAUUUAUUCAUAUCGCUUUUAACAUUGAUAACCUUGAAAUGCACCCUGCAAGUCACUCAGAUUUUAGCUUCAUACAAAGCAGCAAGAAAAAGCUGUUUUAACCCAUGGGGCAAUGUUUAAUAAGCAAGGACUUCAAAGCCCUCUAAUCAUAAUCUCUGUACGUAUUGUUAAAAAAAUUCUAUUGCCUCUCACCCAUGUACCCCUAUUGCACAUUCCCUGGCAGAAGGGCUGUUUCCAACACAGUAUUUUGUUGACAUAAUUUUGGUUGAAGAAAUAUAUUUUGACAAGCUUACCAUAGUAGUUACAUUGUACAAGUGAAUAGAUCCACUUGUAUCUUCACCAUCUACAGGUAUAUUGCAAACUCACAACAUGACCAGCUCCCAGUUGGCUUGAUAACUCAUUUGGUAGAGCAUUGCUCCGGUAUUGCAGAGGUCACGGGUUUGAAUUCCGUUCAAGCCUGAACAUUUCUCAGGCUUUUGAUUUCACAACUACGUAAGUUAUGUAUAUAACUGUGGCAAUGAUCAGUCAUGUCUUCUUAUAGUACAUUGUAUGGGUAUCCCAUUAAUGCUUUUUUUUUUCUGGCGUUCCUUACCAUAAAUAUUAUCAGGCAACCCUACAUUGUGCAGCAAGGUGCUAUUGUAACAUAAUCAUAUACUGUUCAUUCUCGGCUUAUGUAGAUUUUCCUUUCAAAGGCAUUGAACAAUAUUUGUACAUAUUUUUUGUGUACAAGGUGCUAUGUGUAAAACUAUUAAUAAAUUCUUGUGUCAGUGGUUGAUCUAGGGAGCGGCUAUCAACAAAUGGUCCAAAAAGGGCUCUUUUCAAUUCGGAACCCCACUUUUUUGGGACCCACCACUGAUGAGGGCUUAGUAAUGGUCCAUUUUAAUCAGUAAGAGAUAAAUGUAUGUAGAAAUGUCUGUUGUGCCUUGGAUCAGCCACCUUGCAUUUCUUAAAGUAAGUUAUAAUCACUUCUAUAUUCUGUAAAAAGAUACUGAUAUUUUUUGUCACUGGUUUUCCACUAGACAGCUUGUAAAUAGAAUGAGGGUGUAUGGAAAGCACAAGAAAAAGUUCUAACCAGUGUGUUUUUAUGUAAACUAGAAAAACAUUUUAUUUAUUAUCUUGAGAAGAGUGUGAAAAGCAAAGAAUUUUGAAUAAAUAUUAAAGAGACCCUGACUGGCUAUCA